AACUUCUGUCAACAAAGUGACGUGUAAACGCGGAACAGUCCGGUUCUGUUCCGGUAUCCGUCACCACCACCAGCUCUUCUCUCAGACACCACUUUUCUCGGGUGGAAACAUGAGUUUCCGCAGUUUCCUGUCAGUUCUGGUGCCGGUUCUGGUACCGUUCUGCUGGUCGCUGGUUCGGGCUCAGGAAGCGUCCGAACCGGGCGGCACCAACGCGACGAGCCCCGGCGGGGGGAACCAGACCCGGCCGAACCCCGGGGGGAUGUUCACGGGUCUCGGCGUGGACGGGUCCAUGAUCCAGCGGGCCCUGUACGUCCUGAUCGGAAUCAGCGGGAUCGGAGUGCUGUACUUCCUGAUCCGAGCCGUCAGGCUGAAGAAGCCGGCGUCCAGGAAGAAGUACGGGCUGCUGCACAACUACGACGACUCUGUGGAGAUGGAGGCGGUGGAGAGCGAGGAGGACGACACGCUGUACGAGGCUCGCAGCCUCCGCAGAUGAGACCGGCCCCGGCGUCCCAGGGACCGGACCUGCUGCCGGACCGGACCUGCUGCCGGACUUCGGCUCACGUUGAAUUCGGACCAACGGCUGCGGAGGAAGACGAGGACGGACCAAACAGAACCGAAGCUCGAUGCCAAAACCCCAGAACCUCUGAGCGGCUCCGGGACCCGGACUGGGGGGGGGCCGAGAACUAACGGACGCUUCAGCCAAAUACUGCUCUUUUCUUUCCUUUAUCACUUUAAUUUCCUUCGUUGUGAUUCCUGACUGCAGCUGUUCUGCUGCAGCUACGUGCUUUGAACUACUGUGAACCCGCCGCGGUCGGUGGACGGGCCUAACGGGCCCGACGGGCCCCCAACGGGCCCCCAAUGCGGCGAGGACUCCACUUUAUUUUUGUGAUGUUUUCAGGCUUGACGAUGAGACGUCUGGAGGCUCGGUGGCGUUGCCAUGGAAACACGAGGACACGGUCCACACUACAAAAGUUCCAAAACCGAGAAUCUGAUUUUUGAAUAAAAAAUAAAAUAUGAAUCAUUUAAGAGUUUUUA